AUGAAAUCUUCUGCAUACUCGGCUCUUCCAGAUCCUGCCAAAGUGACCUUCACACCCACUGUACAGUAUCUACCCUUCCGUUUGGCGGGCGUCGUUCAAUGUUACAUUAAAUCCAAUCCUACACUACAAUAUGUCACCUGGACCAAAGAUAAGCGCCUCCUCGAGCCGUAUCAAAUGAAAGACAUUGUCGUAAUGGCCAACGGAUCAUUGCUUUUUACGCGCGUCAACGAGGAUCAUCAGGGCCGCUACACCUGCACACCGUACAAUGCGCAAGGUACUCAGGGCUCGUCCGGUCCCAUGGAGGUGCUGGUGCGCAAGCCGCCCACAUUCACCGUCGAACCCGAAUCGCUGUAUCAGCGCAAGGUGGGCGACAGUGUGGAAAUGCAUUGCGAUGCCAUCGAAGCGGAGGGCACACAACGACCAACCAUCAAAUGGCAACGCCAAGAUGGUGGCGAAUUGACCGAAUCACAACGUACGCGCGCCAAAGUGUCCGGUGGCAAUAUAACAAUUGAAAAUUUACGCGGCGAAGACUUUGGCUACUAUCAGUGUGUCGUCUCGAAUGAAGUGGCCACAUUGAUGUCUGUGACACAGCUGGUUAUCGAAGGUACACAACCGCAUGCGCCAUACAACAUCACCGGCAAGGCGACUGAGUCGUCGAUUACGUUGCAGUGGAUGCCCGGCUAUAGUGGCGGCUCUGAGUACAAACAGGACUAUACGAUUUGGUAUCGCGAGGCUGGCGCUGCCGACUGGCAGACCAUUUCGGUGACCCCGUCGGGCAGCACGCAAGUGACGAUCAAUGGCUUGGCUUCGGGUACGACGUACGAAUUUCAGAUAGUCGGUCGAAAUGUGCUCGGCGAUGGACUGAUGAGCAAGGUGAUGACGGUGCGAACUUUAGAAGAUGCCCCGGCAGCGCCACGUAAUGUCAAGGCUGCAACACAACCGCCAGAUCAUAUUUUUCAACUAAUGCCAGACGAAGCUGAAGAUGCCCCGGCAGCGCCACGUAAUGUCAAGGCUGCAACACAACCGCCAGAUCAUAUUUUUCAACUAAUGCCAGACGAAGCUG